CCUUAAUCUCUUACCCAUGAUCCGUACCAUCUACGUAGGUGUUUGACCUGGAUUAUCAGAGCUCGAUCAAUUUCUAUUAUUCCCAUCUACCCUUCGUUGUUCGAUUUCGCCGAUUCGCUUCAGAUCUGUGGCAUAAAUAUGUACGGAUUCGAAGCGCUUACCUUCAACAUCCACGGUGGUUACCUGGAGGCCAUCGUCCGAGGAUACCGCUCCGGCCUCCUCACCGCCGCCGAUUACAACAACCUCUGUCAGUGCGAAACCCUAGAUGACAUCAAAAUGCACCUCUCCGCCACCGAGUACGGGUCCUAUCUCCAAAACGAGCCCUCUCCGUUGCAUACGACAACAAUAGUGGAGAAAUGCACCCUCAAACUGGUUGAUGAGUAUAAGCACAUGUUAACUCAGGCCACCGAGCCUCUUUCAACCUUUUUAGAGUAUAUCACAUAUGGUCACAUGAUUGACAAUGUCGUUCUAAUUGUGACUGGAACUUUGCAUGAGAGAGAUGUUCAAGAAUUGUUGGAGAAAUGUCAUCCCUUGGGAAUGUUUGACAGUAUUGCUACACUGGCAGUAGCUCAGAAUAUGAGGGAGCUCUACAGACUCGUGCUUGUUGACACACCCCUGGCUCCAUACUUCUCUGAGUGCAUAACUUCGGAGGAUUUGGAUGACAUGAACAUUGAAAUUAUGAGGAAUACUCUGUACAAAGCAUACCUUGAGGAUUUCUACAGAUUUUGUCAAAAACUUGGUGGCGCCACUGCAGAGAUUAUGUCUGACCUCCUAGCAUUUGAGGCUGACAGGAGAGCAGUCAAUAUCACAAUAAACAGCAUUGGCACUGAGCUUACUCGAGAUGAUCGGAGGAAGUUGUAUUCUAAUUUUGGCUUACUAUAUCCUUAUGGUCAUGAAGAGCUUGCUGUUUGUGAGGAUAUGGAUCAGGUUCGGGGUGCAAUGGAAAAGUAUCCUCCUUAUCAAUCCAUAUUUUCCAAGUUAUCCUAUGGCGAGAGUCAGAUACUCGACAAGGCCUUUUAUGAAGAGGAAGUGAAACGACUUUGCUUAGCAUUUGAGCAGCAGUUCCAUUAUGGUGUCUUUUUCGCUUACAUGAGAUUGGGGGAGCAGGAGAUCAGGAACUUGAUGUGGAUAUCUGAAUGUGUUGCACAAAACCAGAAGUCGAGAGUGCACGAUAGUGUUGUUUUUAUAUUUUAGCAAGUCCCAUUUUUCAUUCAUAUAUUUAUGUAAAUUUUUGUUUCUUUCGGUUGGUUGCGGAGAGUGUUUGUUUCUAAUGAUUGAGUUGGGAGGGGAAAUGACAUUAAAAUAGCACAACCAUAAUAAUGUCUCUUAAAAGAAAUCAUUUUUAUUGGUCUUGUACUUGCAA